UCGAUGUCCACGUAAAGUACCAACUUAAAAAAAAGGAAAAAAUAGAAUCCUCCUACCUUCUUAUAAGGCCUACUUUGACAGCUGCCCAGGCCUCAUUUCUUGCUCCUUUGUAUCCCUUGUUUAUUGUUUACCUAUAGAAAUUUGCCCCUGAGAAGGCAGGCAUUUCAGCUUUGAGGCAAGGAAAUAGUGAGAGCUAAUUGAUUCAUUUGAGGAUGAAACUUGCAACUCUGACCAGAUUAGCAUCAUCCUCUCACCUAGUGAGUUAAAUGCAACAGAACAACAGCUCUCCAAGUACUUUUAAACUCUGCCCUCAUUUCAAAGCCCAGCUCAUUCUCUUAUUUUGUUAAGAAGCAAUGUGGUAUGACUGUGAUAAAGAUAAAAAAGAAAAGCGUGUUUUCACUUGAGUGAGACUGCAUUAGAAAUGUUAGCUAGUCAGGGUUGGGUGUUGCCUGUCCUUUGGAAGAGAACAGGCCUAAACAGUACCUUCCUCAUCCUGUAGCUAUGAGGAAGGCACCAUGAUUGAGAUUAGAGAUGCUUCCAUAGCUGAUUAUUAAUCAAAUGGAAAUUAAACUAACUUUAAAUAUAUAGCAAAAGGAUGGAAGUGAAAAAGAUUGUGUAUUUUUAAAGGACCUAUUUCAUGUAAACUUUUGUUUCUUGAACAAAAUGUGAACUACCUAAAGAAUGAAAUUGGAAAGUCAGUGGGAAAAACAGCUGUAGAAUCAAAGACCGAUAUUUAAAUUUUGAGCCUAGUUGUUGGAUUUUGUGCACAUUAUUUAAUUUCUUUAUGCGUCAAUUACUUCUUAUGUAAAAUAGGGAAAAUACUCUUUACCUCAUAGAAUUAUUCUAAAGAUCAAAUAAAGGCUUUAAAGCCUUUAGGGCAGUGUCUAGCACAGGGUAGAUGCUUAAUAAGUGGCAGCUUUAUCAAUAACAACAACUUAAUAUUGUUGAAUACUUGACCAGGCCAAAAAAAGAAAGAAAAGGACAUAGGGAGCACAAGGGAAGGUGAUAAUAGAAUAAACUGAUUAUAUGUGUAGAUAAAAUAGAUUACAUUAGACAGGGGUGUGAUGAGGAUUAGUGUGAGAGUGACCUUGUUGCUAAGUACAAAAGCAAAACAAUGACAUAAAAACAAGUACGCUAGGCACUGAGUGGAGGAGAGAGAUGGAGGCAGACGCUGCAGGAAAAAAAGCUGAUUAAAAAGGGGCCUUUGAUUCCACAGGCACAAAAAUCCACAGGCACAAAAAUCCACAGCCAGGAAUUUGCUGCCACCUCUGAGUCAGGCAGGGGGUGGGGGUGGGGUGCACAAUCCCAUUAGAGAAAUGCCCAGUGGAUUUAGUCUGAGAGUCACAUUUCUUAUUUGGACCAGUGUAGACAGAAGCAAACCCAGCUCACUUGUUUCCUGGGACAGUUGAGUUAGGGGAUGGCUUUUGCAGAGCGUUCACCGCUGACCCCUCACCGCCGGGACCUCUGUAGCCGCUCUAUCUGGCUAGCAAGGAAGAUUCGUUCAGACCUGACUGCUCUUAUGGAAUCUUAUGUGAAGCAUCAGGGCCUGAAUGAGAACGUAAACCUGGACUCUGUGGAUGGUGUGCCAAUGGCAAGCACUGAUCGAUGGAGUGAGCUGACUGAGGCAAAGCGACUCCAAGAGAACCUGCAAGCUUAUCGUACCUUCCAUGUUAUGUUGACCAGGCUUUUAGAAGACCAACAGGUGCAUUUUACUCCAGCUGAAGGUGACUUCCAUCAAGCAAUACAUACCCUUCUGCUCCAAGUUGCUGCCUUUGCUUACCAGCUGGAGGAAUUAAUGGUGCUCCUGGAAUACAAGAUUCCCCCCGGUGAGGCCGAUGGGAUUCCUGUUACUGUUGGAGAUGUUGGUCUUUUUGAGAAGAAGCUGUGGGGCCUAAAGGUGCUGCAAGAGCUUUCACAGUGGACAGUGAGGUCCAUCCAUGACCUUCGAGUCAUUUCUUCUCAUCCAACUGGGAUCUCAGCACAUGGAAGCCAUUAUAUUGCUAACGACAAGAAAAUGUAGCAGUUACCCUUCUUCCUUUCUUUUCUAAUGGAAUAUACGUAGUUCUCUGAGGCCUCACCUUCCUACUCUUCAGUUUUUGAAAAACCUUUAAGACCACAGGCAUUUUCCUUAAGUAGGGUUGGAGACAUGGACAAAUGAACAUACAGGUUUAGUCUGGGGGGUGUGUGUGUGUAUGUGUAUGUGUGUUGGGGCCAUAAGGGAGUG